UCAUCCUGACGGACGAGGAGGUCCAGAGGAAGCGCGAGAUGAUCCUGAAGCGCAAGGAGGAGGAGGCGCUGAAGGAGAGCCUGAAGCCCAAGCUGUCGGAGGAGCAGCAGAAAGUCAUCGACAUCCUCCUCGAGGCUCACCGCAAGACCUACGACCCCACCUACGCCGACUUCACCAAAUUUCGGCCCCCGGUGAGAAGCAACCCCAGCAACAGGGCGGCUGCCAGGUCCUCCUCCAUCCUCACCCAGGACUUCUCCUCAGAGGACUCCACCGACCUCUUUGGCUCCGACGCCUUCACCGCGUUCCCAGAGUCCGUGGAGCCGCAGAUGUUUUCCAACCUGGUCCUGUCCGAGGAGAACGACGAGAGCUCCUCCAUGAACAUCGAAUUCUCUCACCUCUCCAUGCUCCCACACUUGGCCGACCUGGUCAGCUACAGCAUUCAGAAGGUGAUCGGCUUUGCCAAAAUGAUCCCAGGAUUCAGGGACUUGGCUGCCGAGGACCAGAUCGCGCUGCUGAAAUCCAGCGCCAUCGAGGUGAUCAUGCUGCGCUCCAACCAGUCCUUCACCCUGGAGGACAUGACGUGGACCUGCGGCAGCAAUGACUUCAAGUACCGGAUCAGCGACGUCACCCAAGCUGGCCACAGCAUGGACCUGCUGGAGCCACUCGUGAAAUUCCAGGUUGGUUUGAAGAAGCUGAACCUUCACGAGGAAGAGCACGUCCUCCUCAUGGCCAUCUGCAUCCUGUCCCCAGGUAGGAGCGCGCUCGUGCCCCAUG